AUGGGAAGCAACGGCAUUCGGUUCUCGAUAACGGAUCUUUCGCCAGCUACUCAACGCAUCUUACCAACUGUGUACCUUGAUCGUGCAGCGAUCUCACUUUACGAUGCGCAGUACGAAGAUGGCAAGGCUGUACCUAUCCCUGAGCAUACGAUCAGACAAGUCGUGAAAUCACUCCUACGUUUCAAGUCAACAUGUCAAGACUUUAGCGUACCUGAUGAUCAAGUUCGCAUAGUUGCAACAGAGGCGACGCGUAAAGCAAUCAACUCUGAAGCAUACCGAGCUGCGAUCAAAGAAGCCACAGGAUGGACUGUAGAGCUCCUGCCUAAAGAGAUGGAAGGCAAGGUUGGAGCGCUGGGUGUGGCAAGCUCCUACGAGAAUGUGCGAGGCUUGAUGAUGGAUCUUGGAGGUGGGAGCACACAGCUUACUUGGAUCAUCACGGAGAAUGGCGACAUCAGGAUGAGCCCAGCAGGUAGUGUAAGCCUUCCGUAUGGUGCAGCGGCCCUCAUGCAGCGGCUUGAAGCUGCAGGAAAAAGAAAGAGCAAAGAGUAUCAGGCUUCCGCAAAGGAGGUGAUCAGUGAUCUGAAGGCUGCUGUGCAAGAUAUCGACAUUCCUCAGGAGCUUCUUCGGUCUCGUGAAGGCCUCCAUCUCUACCUUUCAGGAGGCGGUUUCCGUGGAUGGGGCUUUGUGUUGAUGUCAGAACAUGCCAUCAAGCCAUACCCUAUUCCCAUCAUCAACGGUUUCCGGACCUCUACAGACACGUUCCUAGAUACGAUGUCCGUAAAGGCUGCUGUGACGCAGGACGAUACACCAGAAAUAUUCCGGGUAUCAGCACGACGAGCAAGCCAAGUUCCCGCAGUCGCCUUCCUCGUUGAAUGUCUGGCUCAAGCUCUCCCUACUCUCACAAACGUCUACUUCUGCCAGGGUGGUGUUCGAGAGGGCAUGCACUUCGCAGAGAUGUCACCAAAAUACCGCGCCGAGAGCCCUCUCGUCACCGCAACCGGACCCUACGCACCGCCCUCAAUGCAACAGCUAGUCGACCUCCUCUUCUCUGCCAUCCCUGCCCCCUCACCAGGCUCUAAACCUCUCUUCAGCACACCACUCGUCACGGCUUUCGUCCAGGGGGUCUUCGCCCACAUGGCACAAGUGAAAGACCUCCGCGGCGGCUCAGCCCUCCGAAGCACAACAACAGGCAUCUUCUCCACCGCCCACGGCGCAAGCCACAAGGACCGCGCCCUCCUCGCUAUCCUGCUGUGCGAGCGCUACGGCGGCUACGGUUCCAUCAGCCCGACCGAACAGGACUUCUACAAGCGCAUGUUGCGCCUGCUUCCAGAGGGUAUGGAGUGGUGGUGCAUGUACCUCGGCCGCGUGGCUGCCGUCAUUGCUGCUGUGUAUCCCGCAGGCGCAAUUAGGGAGCCGCGUGUGGCCAUCAAAACGCAGUGGACGGUCACGAAGAAGGGGAACGAGAAGCUGUGUAUUGACUUCGAUUUUAGAAAAGAGAUUGAUGAGCUGGAUGAGGGCUUGAAUGCAGCGCUCAGGAAGGUUAGCAAGGCGGGCAAGAAGAAGAAUUGGGUCAGCGGAGAAGGAUACAAGGUCUUGCUGACUGUCAAUGGGAGCGAGUACGAUGGCGAUGAGAAUUAG